AUGAUAUUCAAUCCCCACAACCUAGGAGUGCACAAAGUGCUCAAGCAUGUGCCUCUCAAUGCUGUCUUCGAUGCGCCAUACAAAAGAGCCCUGAAAAAGGCUGUAAACAUAGCAGAUCUUCGACUCAUUGCUAAGUCUCGAGCACACAAGAUGGUCUUUGACUAUCUUGAUGCUGGAUCCGAUGACGAAAUCAGUCUAAGGCGUGGCAAGGAUGCGUACACAGAAUUGGAGAUGCACUACAAGAUUCUGGCUGGUAUCAAGCCUCCGCUUGAUCUGUCCACGAAGAUCUUUGGAAUGGAUGUUAAUCUUCCGUUUUUUGGGUGCCCUACAGCAGGGAACCGAAUGUUUCAUUGGGAAGGAGAAACCGCAGCUGCAAGGGCAGCUGAGACGCACGGAACUUUGUAUGGUCUGUCUUCUCUAGCGACAACUGGAAUUACGGAGAUCGGGGAACUUCACAACGGUCCAAAAGUUUUUCAGCUUUAUGUGUGGAAAGACAGAGAACUAGUCAAAGAUGUCAUCGCAAAGGCUAAGGAAGGUGGUUUUGGCGCAUUGGCGCUGACCGUCGACUUCACUUGGUACGGAAAUCGGGAGCGCGAUAUUAGAAACGAUUUCUCGAUUCCGCCAAAAUACUCAAUUCCACAGAUAAUCGAGGCAGUUAGGAAGCCUGCGUGGACUUAUGACUUUCUGUCGCACGAUCCCUACACAUAUGCCUGUAUCAACACAGAGGUCCCCGCAGAUUCUCUUGCAGCAUUUGUGAACAGUCAAAUUGCACCUGAGUUCAACUGGUCCGACGCGGAAUGGCUGCUUGGAGAAUGGAACGGGCCUGCUGCUCCAAAGGGUGUUGUGAGACCCGAAGAUGCCAAGAAGGCAAUUGAAAUUGGUUUCUCUUCUAUCUGGGUGUCCAAUCAUGGAGCACGUCAGCUUGAAACAUCCCCCGCGACAAUCGACGUUCUUCCAUCGAUUCGCGAAGCUGUGGGACCAGACGUCGAAAUUAUAAUGGAUGGUGGAGUCCAACGUGGCACAGAUAUUGCGAAGGCAAUUGCCCUUGGUGCUGAUUCUGUAGGAGUUGGAAAGCCAUAUCUUUGGGGAUUGGCAGCUGGUGGCUAUGAUGGGGUCAACAAAGCAUAUGAUAUCCUCAAAGUUGAGCUCGACAGAGCAAUGGGUUUGUUGGGAACUCCAACUGUGGAGGAUUUGAAGCGGGAGGGUCCAAGUCUGAUCAAGAGAAGACAUGGAAGCUCCAGAGAUUAUCCUGAUCGGUACGCAUUCGAUCGUGGAUAUGGAGGAGGUGUCGUUUAA